ACUAACCUUAUCCACAACACCCCAAACCUUCAAUCACCAUCUUCAUCAUCUUCUUCACACAACCUCUACUCUCACUUCCUUCGCCACAGUCCCCAUAACCAUGAAUACUCGCAUAAUCCACCCAAAUUCUCUCUCCUCACCCUCCCCAAUUUUCAAUUUUCCGAACCCUAAAUCCACUAUCUCUCCUAAACUCCCUUAUUCUCCCCCCAAUUUCCACUUCUUCCGCUCUCUUAUCCUCCACAAAACCCCCAAUUUCAAGGUGACUCGGGCGAUUCAUUUGAACAACUCAGUUGAAGCGUCUGAAGAUGAUGAAUCAUGCGGCGACGAUUUGGUGACUCGGGCGAUUCACUUGAACAACUCAGUUGAAGCGUCUGAAGAUGAUGAAUCAUGCGGCGACGAUUUGGUAAUUGAGGCGUCUCUUACCCGAAUUCUCCCGCCUGCUUUGACAUUGCAGCAUGGAAUUGAGUCCUUGAAGGAUGCACUUCAGGAAUUUAAGCUUAAUCCUCCGAAUUCUGCAAGUGGAUUGAUUAGGUUUGAGGUAGCUGUGCCACCUGGUGCGUAUGCUUUGGACUGGUUCUGUUGUCAGCCUGAGUCACCAGGAGUGUUUCCUCAGUUUUACAUGUCCAAGCAAUUAGAAAAUUCAACUGACAAGUCAGCUUUCUUUAGCAAGACUCAUGGUGUUUUUGGAAUGGGAUCUGCAGUUUCCUUUAGACAGUCAUUUUCAGGUUCUGAUGAAUGGAACUCAUUUAGAAGAUAUCUGCUGGUCGAUUCACUCAAUAUCACUGCGUAUGGCUUCAUCGGUAGCAGUUAUGAUAUGAAAUCAUCUUUUAUGAAGCAUGAGACUGGUUCAUUUUACUUUAUAAUUCCUCAGAUAGAACUGAAUGAAAGUGAAGGAUUUUGCAUAUUAGCUGGUACACUUGUCUGGAGUGACUCUAUUUUGUGCAAUUUCAAGCAAGCUCUCCAUUCUUUUGAGAUAUCUCUCUUUCAGGCAAUCAAUCAUUUUCCAGCUAUGCUGGAGACUUACUCUGCAAACAUUAGGAAGUCAACUAUUAAAAGCUUCAAUAUGGUCGAGGAUGGAAACUUAGAAAUGGUUUACAUGGAAGCCUCAUUGUUGGGAAAUUACAACAAUGCAGCUAGUAUUGUGGAAAUGAAAAAUGCCGCAGCUUCAUCCCAGUUCUGCAUUAGGCUUUCCCAAAAGACUGCAGUUUCGAAAAAUAUGCAGUUGGAUGAUACCAGCGAAACAAGUCCCCUGCAAGAGUGUGCCAACAUCAAUUCUGUCUGGGUAUCGCUUAUUGUUGAGGAAUGUUAUCGACUUGGCUUAACGUAUUUUUGUAUAGCUCCAGGUUCAAGGUCGUCUCCUCUUGCAGUUGCAGCAUCUACUCAUCCUCAUAUAACUUGUAUUGCAUGCUAUGAUGAGCGAUCACUUGCAUUCCAUGCAAUUGGGUAUGCCAGAGGAUCUCAGAUGCCUGCUGUAGUUAUUACAACGUCUGGUACUGCAGUUUCAAAUCUUUACCCUGCUGUUGUGGAGGCUAGUCAAGAUUUUGUACCUCUAGUAUUACUCACUGCUGAUCGUCCCUCAGAAUUGCAUGCGGCUGGAGCAAAUCAAGCAAUAGAUCAGGUGAACCAUUUUGGUUCUUAUGUGAGGUUUUUCUUCAAUCUUCCAGCACCAACUGAUCAGAUCACAGCAAGAAUGGUUCUCACAACUGUUGAUUCUGCUGUCUAUUGGGCCACAUGUUCACCAUGUGGUCCUGUUCACAUAAAUUGUUCGUUUAGAGAACCGUUGGAUAACAGUCACAGGAGGUGGAUGAGAAGUUGUUUAGACAAACUGGAUUUCUGGACCUCAAGCACUCAACCUUUUACUAAAUAUAUCAAAGUGCAAUCAUCUUAUGCACAUAAUGCCGCAUAUACCUUAACAUCUGAGGUAGAAAAUGUGAUUAAGAAUAGUAAGCAUGGGCUUUUAGUAAUUGGUGCUAUAUACCGAGAAGAUGAAAUGUGGGCAGCUCUUUUAUUAGCUCAGAAACUUUCGUGGCCUGUCGUUGCUGAUAUCUUGUCAGGCUUAAGAUUACGAAAGAUAUUGUCUUCUUAUCGUGAAUAUGAAAAAAACAUAGUUUUUAUUGACCACUUCGAUCACGUGCUGCUCUGUGAUGCAGCCAGGCAAUGGGCAGAACUGGAUGUAAUUCUUCAGGUCGGGAGUAGAAUAACGAGUAAAAGAAUUUCUGAAUUUCUGGAACACUGCUUUCCGUGCUCGUAUAUAAUGGUUGACAAGCAUCCUUGUCGACAUGAUCCUUCACACAUAGUGACACAUCGGAUUCAGAGCACAAUCUCUCAAUUCACCGGGGGUCUGCUGAAAGGCACCUUUCCAUGUUCAAGCAUAAAGUGGAAAAGUUUUCUUCAAGCGGUGAAUUCGGUGGUGGCAUGGGAGUUAUCAUUUCAAAUCUGCUCUGAGUACUCACUGACUGAACCUCAUGUUGCACAUAUAAUUUCAGAAGUAGUUGGCUCUGAUACUGUCUUGUUCAUUGGAAAUAGCAUGUCUAUACGUGAUGCAGACAUGUAUUCUCAAGGUGUUGUAAAUUGCACCAGUCAAACAUCUCAAUUAGCAUUACCAUGUCAAUGGAUACAGAUAGCGGGCAAUAGGGGAGCUAGUGGUAUUGAUGGUUUGCUAAGUACAGCUGUUGGUUUUGCUGUUGGAUGCAAGAAAAGAGCAUUGUGUAUAAUUGGAGAUGUUUCCUUUCUUCAUGAUACAAAUGGUUUGGCAAUCUUGAGUUCAAGGAUGGGCCGAAAACCUAUUACAGUACUUGUUAUCAACAACCAUGGUGGUGGAAUCUUCAGCUUUCUUCCUAUUGCGGAAAAAGUUGAGUCUGAAAUUAUGGAAAAGUAUUUCUAUUAUGAUCACCGCAUUUCUUUCAGCAAGCUGUGUACUGCACAUGGAGUGAAGCAUUUGUUGGCAGAGACAAAACUGGAACUUCGCGAAGCUCUUUUAACAUCCCAACAGGCUGACGCAGAUUGUGUCAUAGAAGUUUCAGGCGCGAUCAACAGUAAUGCUGCAUUUCAUAGUCUCUUGAGAAAAUAUGCUGCUCAAGCGGCAUGUCAUGCUUUCACGACUCUGUCAAAACUUUCUCCUCCACAAUCUGCUACAGGCGAUCUCUUCUAUAAGAUCGCCAAAUUAGAGUACUCAUUGUAUGGAGUCAGCCUAGCUGCCCCACCGACUUCAGUUUCUGUUGCCAGAGAUCCAUCGAAUUUUGUUAGACAAGGCUUCAUUUUAGCUUUCACUCUUGAUGAUGGAAGUACUGGGCUCGGUGAGAUUGCGCCCCUUGAAAUCCAUGAAGAAAAUUUGCAAGACGUGGAAGAACAGCUGUGUUUCCUUCUUCAUGCCCUAAAAGGAGCAACUAUUAGUUAUCUGCUUCCCCUUUUGAGGGAGUCGUUUUCUGCGUGGAUAUGGAGAGUUAUUGGAGUCCCGCCAGACUCUAUAUUCCCUAGUGUUCGAUGUGGUCUAGAGAUGGCAACUUUAAAUGCUAUAGCUGCAAGACAAAAGUGCACUCUGCUUGAUAUACUCUUGCCUCAACCACACCAAAGCAAUGUGAAAAACCAACAGCCAUCAACCAUUGAUAUAUGUGCCCUUGUUGAUGCUGACGGAAGUCCGCUUGAAGUUGCGAAUACUGUGUUUGCAUUUGUUGAAGAAGGUUUUCGUGCUGUUAAAGUAAAGGUAGCUCGCAGAAAUGAUCCAAGGGAAGAUGCUGCAGUUAUAAAGGAAAUAAGAAGAAAGAUUGGUGCUGAAAUUGAACUUCGUGUGGAUGCUAACCGUAGAUGGACCUAUGAAAAGGCUAUCGUAUUUGGAUCUCUUGUCAAGGAUUGUGGCUUGCAAUAUAUUGAGGAACCUGUUCAGCGUGCAGAAGAUAUUGUGAGGUUCUGUGAAGAGACUGGCUUGCCCGUUGCAUUAGAUGAAACUAUUGACAACAUUCAAGGAAAUAUUUCUGAUUCUUUGGCCAGAUUCACGCAUCCUGGAGUGGUGGCUCUUGUGAUAAAGCCAAGUGUUGUUGGCGGCUUUGAAAAGGCAGCAGUAAUUGCAUGGUGGGCUCAUAUUAAGGGGAAAUUGGCUGUUGUGAGUGCAACCUUUGAAACCAGUCUCGGAUUGUCUUCCUAUGUUCAGUUUGCGCGCUAUCUUGAGAUGAGAAGUACAGAAAUAUCUCAAACAGUAGAUAAGAAACUGCCAAAAUGUGUAGCUCAUGGACUUGGAACAUACAAAUGGCUUAAAGAAGAUUUGACACUUGAUCCACUUGUCAUUUGCCGUCAGCCAAAGAGUAGGUACUUGGGAGCAUCUAUUGACGAUGCUGAUCGUGUCCUCCGCAAUUUUCAAGUUAACUGCAAUGCUAUCACAAAAAGAUCUGUUGAACAGCAUAUAUCAACACAUCAACUUAGCGUGGAAAUAGGGGAUAGUACUUAUAUGAUCGAGGUGCAAGAGAUGGGAGAAAGCAGAGAUGGUAAGACACUUCUGUUUCUUCACGGUUUUCUGGGAACUGGUGAAGACUGGACCUCAGUCAUGAAAGCUCUCUCAAGAUCUGCAAAAUGCUUUUCUGUUGAUCUCCCUGGUCAUGGAAGAUCACAAAUACAAUCACGUGAUAGUAUCAAUCCAACUGGAGGGCAAAGUCUAUCAAUUGAAGUAGUUGCUGAAGUGUUAAGCCAGUUGAUAAACAAAAUUAGCACAGGAAAAGUCACUCUAGUUGGGUACUCUAUGGGAGCCAGGAUAGCAUUAUACAUGGCAUUGAGAUUCAGCGACAAGAUUGAUGGAGCUGUAAUGAUUUCUGGAAGUCCUGGUUUAAAAGAUGAAACGGAGAGAAGGAUCCGUGCAGCGAAAGACGACUCUCGUGCACACUCACUCAUCGCCUUUGGUUUGGCGCCUUUUCUGGAAAAUUGGUACCAUGGUGAUUUGUGGAAUAGUUUCAGGGAACACCCUAGUUUUGAGAAGAUUGUAGCAAGUCGUUUGCAGCAUCAUGAUAUUCAUUGCCUUGCAAAAGCUUUGUCUGGUUUGAGUAUAGGAAGACAACCGCCGCUGUGGGAAGACUUGAAACACUGCAAAGUACCUCUUAUGUUUGUUGUUGGAGAAAAAGAUGUGAAAUUCAAGAGAAUAAGUCAGGAUAUCUGCCGUAAAAUGGGGGAGACUACAAAUCAUGAAGCAGUUGAAAUUCCUAACUGUGGACAUGCAGUUCACCUGGAAAAUCCUCUUGCUGUUGUUAGACUGGUGAGACAGUUUAUGACUAAAACAAGCAACUGAGGAACAUCGAAAUUUACGGUGUGAGAUCCAACAUGCUAGCAGGCCCGGCCCGGCCCAUAACAUGUCCAAAGUGAUAUACUGAACAGGGCCCUAUUUUGAAAAGGGCCCCAAAAUUUGUAAGAUUUAUCAUGAUAGAAGAUAACAUGAGUGAGGUUGGGAGUUUCUUUCUGGAUUAUUUUGAUGAGCAAUUCUUUUUUUUUGCAAUAUUUUAAAUUAGUUAAGUUGUAGUCAACUUGUAAUUCAAUUGUUUCAAUCUAAGACCUUCUUUGGGUGUU